AUGGCGAAACGGAAACUGGACGGUGUAGAUGGCGUCGCACUACCCGCGAGCACAAAGAGAGGGAAACAGGACGCCGGCAAACCUGCACGCCAAACAUCAAACUCGGUGAAGCCUGUGCCUAUUAAGAGCAAUGGGGAUGCUCCGAAGAAAGAGAACGGAACUGUCCAGAAGAAGAAGCCAGUUGUCGAGGAUGCCGUCCUCGAGUCAGCGGUUGUUCAGUUAGGAGAGGAUGUCGAUUCAGCCACUAUUCAAAUAAUCACGGGAUCAUACGAGAGGACUCUCCACGGCUUUACCGCAGUCAUUUCAAGAACCAUCCCGGAACCAAGAGAUGCGCCAGAACUCAAAGAUACCAGUAAUGAAGCUACUGAGGAUGAUUCGACUUCUAAACUCAACGGAAAGAGCAAGGUUGCAGACGCCACGAAUGGGACCAGCUCAGCCAUCACCAAAAAAGACCCUCCCUCAAAAGACUCCAAAGCUACCCUCUCCUUCACAGACACCUUCCUGUUCACCGCCCACACUUCUUCCAUCCGAUGCCUUGCCGUCUCGCCGCUCAAAUCCGCCUCCACCCCCGGCUCCAACACCUCCCAAUCCGUCCUCCUGGCCACCGGCUCCGCCGACGAGCGCAUCAACCUCUACAACCUCUCUACCGUCCCGCCAAACCCCUCUUCAAUCCCGAAACUCCCCACACUAGCUGGGACAUCAAUCUCCGAGAACCCCCGCAACCGCGAACUUGGCGCCCUUCUGCACCACUUGUCUGCUGUCACGUGCCUCGCUUUCCCGACACGAGCCAAAUUGCUGAGUGCGGCUGGCGACAACACGAUUGCGAUUACCCGGACUCGCGACUGGACGCCGUUAUCGACUAUCCGUGCGCCGGUGCCGAAGGCGGUGGGGCGGCCGAGUGGAGACACUGCUGCGCCGGGCGAAGUACCAGCUGGAGUAAACGACAUCGCGGUGCAUCCGAGUCUGAAGCUCAUGCUGAGCGUGGGCAAGGGCGAAAAAUGCAUGCGGUUGUGGAAUUUGGUUACGGGAAAGAAGGCAGGCGUGUUGAACUUCAGCCGGGACUUACUCGCUGCCGCUGGGGAGGGGCGGUGGGAUACCGGCGAGGGUAGGAAGGUGGAGUGGGACCCUGCUGGGGAGGAGUACGUGGUUGGGUUUGAGAGGGGGGUGGUGGUGUUUGGGAUGGAUUCCAAACCCUCCGCCCUAAUCCUCCCCACCCCCAGGACAAAACUUCACCAACUUCACUAUCUCCCCUCAACUGCUUCUACUACUCCCAUCCUCGCCCUCUCAACAGAAGACGGCCGCAUCCUCUUCUACCCCACCGCCGCCCCUACCACCUCUCCCUCUUCAUCCCCCGCUCCUGAUACCUCACUCCCCAACAAAGGCCCCGCACUCGACCUUCCUUCUCUCUCUCCAAUCGCAACCCUCGGCGGCGCGCUCGCUGGUAUCGCCGGACGGAUCAGAGACUUCACUAUCCUCGCACCGUUCAUCAACGGACCGCUAUUCGUCGUCACCGGAAGCAGCGACGGAGCCGUACGGAUAUGGGGCAUCCAAGCCGGAGAGCUAGAGCAUAGUACAGACGCGAAGCAGGUAGGCACGCUACUAGGCACAUACGAGACAGGCGCCAGGAUCACCUGUUUAACAAGCUUUGUCAUGUCUGGAACCGCAGAGGAGAAGGGCGAGGAGGAGCAAGCUGUCGUCGGCGCCGAUGCUUUAGAGAGCAGUGAUAGCGGGGAGGAGAGUAAGAGCGAUUAG